AUGGCGUCUGAAUGCAAACCCAUCCCACGGCCUCCGCGCAUCCCCCUGUUGGGCAAUGUCGGCGACAUUGAUAUGGAAUUUCCCCUACGGUCCUUGACGCAUUUUGCAACCAAGUACGGUGCCAUCUACAAAUUGACGCUGGCUGGCAAGAAACUCGUGUUUGUGUCCUCUUAUGAUUACGUCCAUGAAACUUGCGACGACACGAGAUUCCAAAAGUCCAUUGAGGGUGAACUCGAGGAGCUAAGAGAUGCCGUCCACGACGGCCUUUUCACAUCCAAAGGAGCAAGCGAGCCAAAUUGGGGCAUUGCUCAUCGUGUACUAAUGACUGCCUUUGGUCCCCUAGCGAUUAGGGGAAUGUUUGACGAAAUGCAUGAUGUGGCAGGUCAACUUGCCAUGAAAUGGGCUCGACACGGCCCCUCAACAGCCAUUCAAGUUGGCGAAGAUCUAACACGACUCACGCUGGACACAGUCGCGUUGUGUUCAAUGGGGUUCCGAUUCAACUCUUACUACCGCGACGACAUGCAUCCAUUUAUCGCAGCCAUGUACGCCGUGUUGAAAGAAGCCGGCGACAAGACCAUGAGGGUGCUUCCGUCCGUCUUCCACAAAUCUGCCGAUCGCAAAUACAAGGCCAAUAUCAACAUCCUGCGCACCACAGCCAACGAGGUCUUGCAAUCAAGGAAAAAGGAAGGCGAGAACAGCGGCCGGAAAGACCUGCUGACCGCCAUGCUCAAUGGUGUCGAUCCUGUGACAGGCUGCAAGAUGACCGACGAGAGCAUCAUCGACAACUUGAUCACCUUCCUGGUUGCAGGUCAUGAAACCACGGCCGCCACCUUCACCUUUACCAUAUACCAAUUGCUCAAGCAUCCCGAAGUUUACCGCAAGGUUCAACAAGAAGUUGACGAUAUCAUCGGAAAAGGUCCCAUAUUGGUGGAACAUGUUGGGAAACUGAAGUACUUGUCCGCGGUCAUCCGAGAAGUUCUACGCCUUAGCGCGCCAAUCCCGGCAUUCGCCAGAGAGGCUAUUAAAGACGAGACAAUUGGCGGCAUGUACAAGGUCAAAGCUGGAGAACAAAUCAUCUGCAUGUUGUCCAAGUCACACCUUGACCCAGCAGUCUUUGGUGAUACCGCCGAGGAAUUCGAACCGGAGAGAAUGCUGGAUGAGAACUUCGACAGGCUCAUGAAGGAGUUUCCUCACUGUUGGGCUCCCUUCGGCACGGGAAUGCGAGGUUGUAUCGGCCGGGCUUUUGCAUGGCAGGAAAUGACUCUCGCCUUGGCCUUGCUGAUGCAAAACUUCAAUUUCGUCAUGGAUAACCCGUCCUAUACCCUGCAGAUCUCGCAAACGCUCACCAUUAAGCCCAAGGAUUUCAACGUUCGUGCUAUCCUUCGGGACGGCCUGACGCCUACUCUUUUGGAAUCUCGCCUGGCCGGUUCCUUCCGUGGCGAUGUUCCUAGCACUGGCUCGGGGGCAACAGAUGGUAAAGGCAAUGGAAGUUCUUCAAGUCUGGCCUCAACGACAGGUGGAAACAUGAAGAAGCUGGCCAUUUACUACGGUUCGAAUGCUGGAACGUGUGAGUUCAUGGCCCAAAGAUUGGCAAGCGAUGCUACCGCCCAAGGUUUUAAAGCUACAGUGGACUCAUUGGAUGCUGCUCGAGAGGCACUCCCCACCGACGGACCCGUCGUCAUCAUCACGGCUUCUUACGAGGGACAGCCACCACACAAUGCCGCCCAUUUCGUGGACUGGAUCGGGAAUCUGAAGGGCACCCCCUUCAAAGAUGUGUCGUACGCCGUCUAUGGCUGUGGCCAUGGAGACUGGGUCAAGACGUAUCAGCGCGUUCCAAAGCUGGUCGAUUCUACGCUAGAGGAACUGGGGGCUCAUCGAGUUUGCCCCCUAGGGACUACAAAUGCCAAGGAUAGGGACAUGUUCACAGACUUCGAGACGUGGGAAGACGAGACACUUUGGCCUGCACUCGCAAAACAAUUUGGUGGCCGAACCACUGACGACAAGGAUGUAGAAACAGGCCUCAGUGUCUCCUUCUCGACUCCCAGAGCCUUAACCCUCCGCCAAGAUGUCAAGGAGGCCGUGGUUGUUGAAGCUCGCACUCUCGAGCCAGGGGAAACAACUGUGGGCAAGAGGCAUAUCGCCUUGGCACUCCCCAGUGAUAUGGUCUACUCGGCAGGUGACUAUCUCGCCGUGUUGCCGCACAACCCGAAGGAAAGCGUAGCAAGGGUCAUGCGGCGCUUUCAUUUGGCGUGGGACUGCCAUGUUACCAUUGCCGCCUCCUCUCCAACAACCCUGCCAACAGAUAUCAGUAUUCCGGUCACUGACGUGCUGAAUUCUUACGUGGAACUUAACCAGCCGGCUACCAAGCGCAACAUACAGGGCCUCUGUGAACUUGCGAAAGAUGACGCCCUGAAGCAGAAGAUCAAGCAGUUCGGGAUUGACGGCUACGACACAGAGGUCAAAUCCAAGCGGCUUUCGGUGCUAGAUAUUGUCGAACGAUUCCCCGACCUACCAAUCCCUCUUAGUCUCUUCCUCCAAAUUCUACCACCAAUGCGAGUGCGACAGUACUCGAUAUCCUCUUCUCCGCUUUCGAACCCAGGCAUAGCGUCUUUGACUUACAGUGUCCUUGACCAGCCAGCCUUGUCCGGGAAUGGACGACACCUCGGUGUAACAACGUCCUACCUUUCAUCCCUUGCUGUGGGCGAGAAGCUGCAAGUAUCAGUCCGCAAGGCUGCAGGAACCUUCCGUUUACCCGUCAAUAUGGAAAACAUCCCCAUCAUCUGCAUUGGCGCUGGCACGGGCAUGGCUCCAUUUAGAGCCUUCAUCCAGGAGCGUGCGAUACUGCUCGAGAGCGGACGUACCCUUGCGCCUGCAUCGUUCUUCUUCGGUUGCCGCGACCCCGGUGUUGACGAUCUCUACCGUGAAGAGUUUGACAAGUGGGAAGCAGCCGGCGCGGUCACCGUGUUCCGGGCAUACAGCGCAAACCCUGCGGCCUCGCUGGGAUGCAAAUAUGUGCAAGAUCGUAUCUGGCGAGAAAGAAAGACCUUGGUCGACCUAUGGCAGAAGGACGCCAGGAUCUUUGUCUGCGGCUCUAACAAGAUGGCGAGUGAUGUCAAGGAUAUUAUAUUCCGGAUUAUUAUGGAACAGAGUGGGAAGCCAGGGGAUUCGAUUAGCGAGGAGGCAACGGCGGCAUGGUUCGAGAGUGUCCGUAACGAGCGAUAUGCUACAGAUGUGUUUGAUUAA